AUGAUGUCCCCAGAUGACUACACCGUCGGAUGGAUCUGCGCCCUCCCUUUGGAGAUGGCUGCAGCAAGACUUGUUUUGGAUGCGACCCAUCCUCCACUUCACCAGCCUCGCCGCGAUCAGAACUCUUACCUCCUAGGUGAACUUGCUGGUCACAAUGUUGUUGUCGCAUGCCUACCAGCAGGGAUAUAUGGAACGGCUUUUGCAGCGGUCGUCGCUGCCCAAAUGCGUCUAACAUUUCCUGCGAUCAGGAUAGGGCUUAUGGUCGGCAUCGGUGGUGGUGUUCCAUCGCUCAUUACAGAUAUCAGGCUUGGUGAUGUUGUCGUCAGUCAGCCGCAGGGACAAUUCUCAGGUGCUGUCCAGUAUGAUGCCGGGAAAACGAUUGCCUCCGGUAAUUUUGAGCGGACCGGGACAUUGAAUAUGCCUCCAGCCGAGCUUCUCACAGCACUGGCGAAAGUUCAAGCGAAUCGCAUGAUAGAAGGAAACACGCGACUUCAGUUACAUAUCUCAAAGGCAGUGGCUACAGAAACCCAAACGGGCCCAAAUUCUUUCCGCAGGCCAGCGGAGGGUCAUGAUCACCUUUAUGAUGCUAGUUAUACCCAUGAAGACUCUGCUAGUGACUGCACCAACUGCGAUCAUAUGAGGGUCUUAGACAGGCGGCCACGGACAUCGGAAGAACCUCAUAUACACUACGGAACAAUUGCCUCGGGAAAUCAAGUCAUGAAGAAUGGCCAAGUUCGUGAUCAACUUGCUAGCCAACUCGGCAUUUUGUGUUUCGAAAUGGAGGCUGCCGGUUUGAUGAAUCAUUUCCCAUCCUUGGUAGUGCGUGGCAUUUGUGACUAUGCAGACUCACACAAGAAUAAAGAAUGGCAAAGAUACGCGGCUCUGGCAGCCGCUGCUUUUGCCAAAGAGUUGUUAUGUGAAGUACCAGUACAAGUAGGCAGUGGUGGUAUCACAGGUACCAAUGGCUCAUUCUCAGAUGAUGAAUUUGAAGUCCGAUUCAGAUCAAUCGACAUGCCUCCCGUUCGCCAUUUUGUCGGCAGAGAAGCCGAGAUGGCUAAAAUAAAAAGGGCUUUUCAGCCUGAUAGCGCAAACCAGACGGUUGUUCUCCAUGGUAUUUCGGGGAUCGGGAAAACACAAAUCGCUCUAGCAUACGUCCUACAAAAUUUGGACGCCUACUCCGCUAUAUUCUGGCUAGAUGCGUCUGACGAAGACCGGCUCGCUUGUAGCUUUCUGGAAAUGGCAGACCGCAUCAUCAAAGAUCAUGAUUCCUUAUCUGCCCUUCAGAAAAUCGUUUACUCGCACAAUGCCACUGCCGCUAUACCCGCAAUCAAAGAAUGGCUUAGCUUGCCAGGCAAUGACAGGUGGCUGCUGGUGUACGACUGCUACGAGGUGGAUGGCAUUGUCGACGCCGAUGACCCAUCUGAGCUAUGUGGUCUUAGGAAAUUUCUUCCAGAUAUACGGCAAGGGCAUAUACUGAUUACCACUACAAUACCAGGCGUCAAUCUGGGCACUGAAGUAGCAGUGGGGAAACUUCAUAAUACGGAGCAGAGCCUUGAUAUCUUGUCCCAGGCUUCCGAGAGACCAGACCUGCGCAGAGAGCCGUCUGCUCAUGACCUAAUCAUGGAAUUGGAUGGAUUCCCACAGGCCCUUGCUAGUGUUGGAGCCUACCUCAAAAACAGUAAUAUCAGCUGUCGUGAGUACCUGGAAAAUUAUCAGGCUCGGUGGUCCGAGCAGGUGCCUGAAAAUCCCCCGCCUACAUAUCCGGUACAUAUUGCAUGGGAGAUUACCAUGAAAGAAAUCAGCCGUAAGCACACACAUGCAGCAUACCUAGCAAAUUCCUGGUGUUUUUUCAGUAACCAGGAUAUAUGGGCUGCGCUUUUACGGCGUGGGGGCAGUUCCCACCUUGCUGAUAUUGGGCGAAGCCUUCCGACUUUCGUUGAUUCUAUGCGCGUUCUUUGUGAAUAUGGAUUGGUCGAGGUUGGAACAGAUACGACUAGUGGCAGAAUCAAUGGGGUUCCAGGGUAUUCCAUGCAUAAAUGCAUACAUCAAUGGCUCUACUCUGUCAACAGCCGCACACAGUUGUUUCACCAACAAGCAGACGAAGUUCUUCAUUGCGUUGCCUUAUACGCAUGUCGCAAUCGGGGCAGUCUACCUGACUGCCGUCAGAUCCUUCCACAUGCUGACCGUUGUUUACAACUCAUCAAGUGGAACGUUAUGGGACAGGACAUGGCUCAGAGAUCUACCUAUGGUCGUCUGUACUCCUGGCUCGCGGAAUACUACCUGGCGGCUAGUCGUUGGGUGACCGGAAAAUCUGGUCUCUCCUCGGUGGGCGACGACGCUGCCCCAUCCCAAGGCUCUAGGCUUUUGCUGCGAUAUGGAUUUUCUCGAAUCCAUAGAUUCAUUGCAGAAUCACAUGCAAGUGAUCUUGAUUAUCUCGGAGUUCCUUACCCAGAGAAACGCCACCUCUCCAAAGUUGAAGAACUGUGUUUGCUCGCCUUGCAGAUGAAUGCUGCAUCCCCUGGAGGCGACUACCACGGAAGGCAGACACGACUCAAUGCAUACAUCAACCUAAUGAUAGUUUAUGAUAGGAAAGGAAAUCUUCUGAAAUCCUUGAAGUUUGAGUAUAAGAUGCUGUGUCUCCAGUGUCAAGCCAGCGUUAAAAAGUGGUAUCAAAACAAGCCCUUCCUGCUUUCUUCGUUCUUACUAUUCUGCCGCAAUUUCAUUCUUCUCAAAUGGUGGUAUUUUUACUGGGUCGUGCUUGUGCUUUCGAUCAUACACGAUUGUGCCAUUGCCUUUGCUACGGGUUUCACGAAUCAAGCUCUGUCGGCUGCUUUAACUCUUGGGAUUUGGGUUUCCUGGUUUGCCACAAUUAGGCGGUUCACCGCAAGGUGGGCAACGCUUGUGCUGUGGGCCGGCCUAGUGAUCGCUUCGGGUACGAUCGAUGAAUGGCCUCGCAGCCUCAUGAUCAAUAUUUGCUUGCAGCUAUUUUACCUGGUUCCAAUUCUUAUAUACGAGGGGUUCGACUAG